CCGAUCACAGCAAAGAUCAUUUUUGUUUAACAAGAAGUUAAAAACGAGAGAGGAGAAUUGGGAAUUAGGGAUUGGGAUUGCAAUUGAAGCAGGGAUGAUGAGGGAAUUUGGAAGAUGGAUAGGACGAGCCCUUUCCAAUUCUUCUCCACAAGAACUACUGAAUACUUGCAAUCAAAAUAGCUUACGAUUAAUACAUCGCCGUCUCAUCCACGCUGCCACUUCUUCUUCAGCCGCGGCGACUUCGUAUUUCGACAGCGAAACCGCUUCCCGUUUUUCCAAUAUUGGAACUUUGAAAUAUUCCCCUAUUCCUUCUUUACACUCCCGGAAAUGGACCGGCCCAUCUGGAGGGCAGACGAGGACCAUGUUUAUACAAACGCAGUCCACGCCCAAUCCUUCCUCUCUGAUGUUCUAUCCUGGGAAACCGGUUAUGGAAAUUGGGAGCGCCGACUUUCCCAAUCCGCGGGCGGCCAUGAACUCAUCGCUGGCAAAAGCGCUUUUUGGAAUCGAUGGUAUUACUCGAGUUUUCUUUGGAUCUGAUUUCGUUACUGUGACAAAGUUUGAAGAUGCUUCUUGGGAAUUCCUAAAGCCGGAAAUCUUUGCUGCAAUAAUGGAUUUCUAUUCUUCUGGGCAGCCACUGUUUCUAGACUCAAAAGCUGCAGCAGCUAUGGACACUGCCAUUCACGAGGAUGAUUCCGAAACUGUAGCAAUGAUCAAGGAACUGCUGGAGACCCGUAUCCGACCAGCAGUGCAAGAUGAUGGCGGGGACAUCGAGUACUGUGGAUUUGAUCCAGAAUCUGGAAUUGUUAAAUUGAGAAUGCAAGGAGCUUGUAGUGGCUGCCCAAGCUCGUCAGUAACACUGAAAUCUGGCAUUGAGAACAUGCUGAUGCAUUAUGUUCCUGAGAUCAAAGGUGUGGAGCAAGAAUUAGAUGCUGACAAUGAGGAUGCAGCCUCAGCUGGCAUGAUGGAGUAGUUUUUUCUUCACUUUCUUUCUUUCGGUUUUUUCUUGCAAGGUGCAAAUCAUAAACAACGAGCUCAAAGACGACCUAAAAUACAUGUUCCUGUACAGGACCAAUAUGUGUCUGUUAUAUUUUAGAGCAUAUAUUUAUUUCACCUAUUUGCUUGGGAUGCAACAACUUAAAUUUUUUUAUAUUUGAUUUCUUGAGUCUUCCUACAACUAUUGAGACGGGGAAGAGUUUCUCUGAUAGAUUAGAUUGGAUGGGUUAUAUUAGCAGUGAUUAUAUGGUUUGAGCCA